GACAGUUUAGGAAGCCCCGCGCACUCUCGCGAGCCCUGUGUCUCUCCUGCUCGCUGGUGUAAGAUGGCGGAGGCGAAUUAAGCCGCAGCCCCAGGAGCAGAAAGUAGAAACUAGUGACAAUGAAAGUAGACAGAAGCAAGUUAAAGAAGACCCCCACAGAGGCGCCUGCGGACUGCAGGACGCUGAUAGACAAGCUGAAAGCAUGCAGCGACGAGCAGCUUCUGCUGGAACUGCAACAGAUAAAGACAUGGAACAUUGGAAAGUGUGAGCUGUACCACUGGGUGGACUUGCUGGACCGGUUCGAUGGAAUCCUGUGCGACGCGGGGCAGACGGUGGAGAACAUGUCCUGGAUGCUGGUGUGCGACCGGCCGGAGAACGGCCAGCUCAAGAGCCUGCUGCUGGGUGUGCUCAACUUCACCGCGCUGCUCAUCGAGUACAGCUUCUCCCGCCACCUCUACAGCUCCAUAGAGCACCUGACCACCCUCCUGGCGUCGUGUGACAUGCAGGUGGUGCUGGCUGUGCUCAACCUGCUGUACGUCUUCAGCAAGAGGUCCAACUACAUCACCCGGCUUGGCUCGGACAAGAGGGCGCCUCUACUGGCCAGACUGCAGCACCUCGCCGAGAGCUGGGGAGGCAAGGAGAACGGAUUCGGCCUGGCGGAAUGCUGCCGGGACCUGCCUAUGUCGAAGUACCCGCCCAGCGCGACGACGCUCCACUUCGAGUUCUAUGCCGAGCCCAGCACAGAGGUCAAGGUGGACAGGAAGUCAACCAGUAACACACUACACUACAUUCACAUUGAACAGCUGGACAAGAUUUCGGAGAGCCCUUCGGAAAUCAUGGAGUCCCUGACCAUGAUGUACAGCAUCCCCAAGGACAAACAGAUCCUGCUCUUCACACACAUUAGACUGGCUCAUGGCUUCUCCAACCAUAAGAAGAGGCUGCAGGCAGUGCAAGCGAGGCUGCAUGCCAUCUCCAUACUGGUAUACUCCAACGCUCUGCAGGAGUCCGCCAACAGUAUCCUGUACAACGGGCUGAUUGAGGAGCUGGUGGACGUCCUGCAGAUCACAGACAAGCAGCUGGUGGACAUCAAGGCGGCCUCGCUGCGCACCCUGACGUCCAUCGUGCAUCUGGAAAGGACGCCCAAACUCAGCAACAUCAUCGACUGCACAGGAACGGCCUCCUACCACGGGUUCCUGCCCGUGCUGGUCAGGAACUGCAUACAGGCCAUGAUUGACCCCAUGAUGGAACCCUAUCCUCAUCAGUUUGCCACGGCCCUUUUCUCCUUCCUGUACCACCUGGCCAGCUACGAUGCUGGGGGGGAGGCACUGGUCUCCUGCGGCAUGAUGGAGGCCCUGCUGAAGGUGAUAAAGUUCCUGGGGGACGAGCAGGACCAGAUCACCUUCGUGACGCGGGCGGUCAGGGUGGUGGACCUCAUCACCAACCUGGACAUGGCGGCCUUCCAGUCCCACAGCGGGCUGUCCAUCUUCAUCUGCAGGCUGGAGCAUGAGGUGGACCUGUGCCGGAAGGAGUGUCCUUUCGUCAUUAAGCCAAAGAUCCAGCGGCCCAGCACGGCCACGGAGACAGAGGAGAUGGAGACCGAUAUGGAAGUUGCUGAUGUAGCAAUGGAGAGUAGCUCCCCUGGACCCUCCACCUCUGUGGAGCAGAGAGCCGAGACCGAGGCCCGAGCUCAGAGCAGCACUGCCUACACGCCCAGAGCAGGUGUACAGUGUAUCCCUCAGAGAGCUGCCCUGCUUAAGUCCAUGUUGAAUUUCCUGAAGAAAGCCAUCCAGGACCCCGCCUUCUCCGAUGGGAUCCGGCACGUAAUGGAUGGGUCCCUGCCUACCUCACUGAAACACAUCAUCAGCAAUGCGGAGUACUACGGCCCCUCUCUCUUCCUUCUGGCGACGGAGGUGGUGACGGUAUUUGUGUUCCAGGAGCCCUCUCUCCUGUCCUCCCUGCAGGACAACGGGCUGACUGACGUCAUGCUGCACGCACUGCUCAUCAAAGACGUGCCGGCGACACGGGAGGUGCUGGGCUCCCUGCCCAACGUGUUCAGCGCGCUGUGCCUGAACGCGCGAGGGCUGCAGUCCUUCGUGCAGUGCCAGCCCUUCGAACGGCUCUUCAAGGUGCUGCUGUCGCCCGACUACCUGCCUGCCAUGCGCCGGCGGCGCAGCUCCGACCCCCUGGGAGACACGGCGUCCAACCUUGGCAGCGCUGUAGACGAGCUGAUGAGACACCAGCCCACGCUUAAGACUGAUGCCACCACUGCAAUCAUCAAGCUCCUGGAAGAGAUCUGUAACCUGGGUCGCGCCCCGGAGUACAUCUGCCAGAAGCCGUCCAUCCAGAAAGCCGAUGGGUCGGUGUCGGCCCCGCCCCCACGCUCCAGCCACGCCGCCGAGGAGGCGUCCAGCGAGGAUGAGGAAGAGGAGGAGCAGCUGCACACCUUCGCCCAGCCCGGGGAGACGGAGAGCAGCCGACAGGUCGUGGGCACAGAGGAGCGGAUACCCAUCCCACUAAUGGACUACAUCCUGAAUGUGAUGAAGUUUGUGGAGUCGAUCCUGAGCAACAACACGACGGACGAUCACUGCCAGGAGUUUGUAAGCCAGAAGGGGCUCCUGCCGCUGGUGUCCAUCCUGGGCCUUCCCAACCUGCCAAUUGACUUCCCCACCUCCGCCGCCUGCCAGGCUGUGGCUGGAGUUUGCAAGAGCAUACUGACCCUGUCCCACGAGCCGAAGGUGCUGCAGGAGGGGCUGUGCCAGCUGGAGGGGAUCCUGUCGUCCCUGGAGCCCCUGCACCGGCCCAUCGAGUCCCCCGGGGGCUCCGUCCUGCUGCGGGAGCUGGCGGCCGCGGCGCCGCUGCCCGACCCCACGCUCUCUGCCCACGCCACGCCGCUGCUGCACGCGCUCACGGCCGCGCACGCCUACAUCAUGAUGUUCGUCCACACCUGCCGCGUCGGCCAGAGUGAGAUCAGGGCUAUCUCGGUGAACCAGUGGGGCUCCCAGCUGGGCCUCAGUGUGCUCAACAAGCUGAGCCAGCUCUACUGCUCCCUGGUGUGGGAGAGCACUGUGCUGCUGUCCCUCUGCACGCCCAACAGCCUGCCCCCGGGCUGCGAGUUUGGCCAGGCGGACAUGCAGAAGCUGGUUCCCAAAGAGGACCGGGCGCCGGGGACCGCCACCACGACUACCGCUGGGGCACGGAGGACAGAAGGGGACCCCGAGCCAGGAGCGGCAGUGGGCACCGCGGACCCCUCAGCGCAGGGCCUGCUGGAGGGGAUGGGCCUGGACGGCGAUGCCCUGGCCCCCAUGGAGACGGACGAGCCCAGUGUGGCCGACGCCAAGGGCAAGUCCAAGCUGACCCCUGCCAUGGCCGCCCGCAUCAAACAGAUUAAGCCCCUGCUCUCUGCCUCCUCCCGCCUGGGCCGGGCCUUGGCGGAGCUGUUUGGGCUGCUGGUGAAGCUGUGCGUGGGCUCCCCCGUGAGGCAGCGCCGCAGUCACCACGCCGCCAGCGCCAGCACGGCGCCCACGCCCGCCGCCCGGGCCACCGCCUCCUCCCUCACCCGGCUGCUCACCAAGGGCCUGUCCUGGCAGCCGCCGCCUUACACCCCCACCCCGCGAUUCAGAUUGACGUUCUUUAUCUGCUCAGUGGGGUUCACGUCCCCCAUGUUGUUUGACGAGAGGAAGUACCCCUAUCACCUCAUGCUGCAGAAGUUCUUCUGCUCCGGGGGACACGACGCGCUGUUUGAGACCUUUAAUUGGGCGCUCUCUAUGGGCGGCAAGGUCCCGAUAUCGGAAGGUCUGGAGCACACCGAGCUGCCGGACGGGACGGGCGAGUUCCUGGACGCCUGGCUGAUGCUGGUGGAGAAGAUGGUGAACCCCACGACGGUGCUGGACUCGCCCCACGCGCUGCCCGCCAAACUGCCCGGGGCCGCCCCCAACACGCCGCAGUUCAGCGCGCUCCGCUUCCUCAUCGUCACCCAGAAGGCGGCCUUCAGCUGCAUCCAGAGCCUGUGGAACAGGAAGCCCCUGAAGGUGUAUGGCGGGCGCAUGGCGGAGUCCAUGCUGGCCAUCCUGUGUCACAUCCUGCGGGGGGAGCCGGCGAUCCGCGAGAGGCUGGCCAAGGAGAGGGAGGGGGGCCGCGCCGCUGAGGAGGAGGGCAGCGCCCCACCCGAAGAGGGCAGCGCCCCGAGGAGGGAGCCCCAGGUCAACCAGCAACAGCUGCAGCAGCUGAUGGAUAUGGGAUUUACCCGGGAGCAUGCGAUGGAGGCCCUCCUCAACACCAGCACCAUGGAGCAGGCCACCGAGUACCUGCUGACGCACCCUCCCCCACUGCUUGGAGGGGUGGUCAGGGACUUGAGCAUGUCAGAGGAAGACCAGAUGAUGAGGGCCAUUGCCAUGUCUCUGGGCCAGGAGGUCUCCAUGGAGCAGCGCUCCGACUCUCCAGAGGUAAUACAUCCCCACGCACCGGCACCUACCCGGCGAGCGCGGGAGCGGGCGGAGGAGGAAGAGGGGCGGUGCCUGGAGCGCUUCCUGGAGGCCGAGCCGCUGGACUCCACGGAGCUGCACAACUUCACCGACACCAUGCUGCCCGGCUGCUUCCACCUGCUGGACGAGCUGCCGGACACGGUGUACCGCGUGUGCGACCUCAUCAUGACCGCUAUCAAGAGGAACGGGCCCGAGUACCGCGACAUGAUCCUGCGCCAGGUGGUCAACCAGGUGUGGGAGGCUGCCGAUGUGCUGAUCAAAGCAGCCCUUCCGCUUACCACCAGCGACACCAAGACCGUAUCGGAGUGGACCAGCCAAAUGGCGACUCUGCCACAGGCCUCUAACCUGGCCACGCGCAUCCUGCUGCUCACUCUGCUCUUUGAGGAGCUGAAGCUGUCAUGUGCGCGGGUGGUGGAAACCAGUGGGAUCCUCAAUGUCCUGAUUAAGCUUCUGGAGGUGGUGCAGCCCUGCCUUCAGGCCGCCAAGGAGCAGAAGGAGGUUCAGACGCCCAAGUGGAUCACCCCAGUGUUGCUGCUGAUCGAUUUCUACGAGAAGACAGCCGUGUCCUCCAAGCGCAGGGCUCAGAUGAAUAAGUACCUGCAGCCCAACGGUAAUAACUGGCGCUGGUUUGACGACCGGUCGGGCCGCUGGUGCAGCUACAGCGCCAGCAACAACAGCACGAUCGACACUGCCUGGCGGGGAGGCGAGAGCAGCGUGCGCUUCACUGCAGGCAGGAGGCGCUAUACUGUGCAGUUCAACACCAUGGUGCAGGUGAACGAGGAGACGGGGAACCGGCGGCCGGUGAUGCUGACCGUGCAGCGUGUGCCGCGCAUCGGGAAGGCCUCCAAGAAUGGCAACGGGCAGGAGCUGGAGAGGGCAGUGGAGGAGAGCAAGGAGGCUGGAGAGAGGGCCAAGGCUGAGAACCCACACCCUGACACGGUGCCGCCCCCUGCAGCAGUAGAGAUGACCCCUGCCACCAAAGAGAAGGAGCAGCAGCAGGAGAAAGACGCCACCGCCAGCUUGCUCCCACCCUCGGCACCAGCAGCCACGCCCACGCCAGCCCCGGUGCAGCUCGGGCCCGCCGGUCCUGCUCCCGGUUCCUCGGCCCCCGCCCAGGAGAGCCCCCCGGAACCGGCCCAGGCGGGCGUGGUGAUCCAGGGCCUCUCCGAGGACAUGACCACGGUCCUGAUCCGCGCGUGCGUCAGUAUGAUCAGCGUGCCGGUGGACCCGGACACGCUCCACGCCACGCUGCGGCUGUGCCUGCGGCUGACGCGCACGCACCACUUCGCCAUGAUGUUCGCCGAGCUGAAGAGCACGCGCAUGAUCCUCGGCCUCACGCAGAGCUCGGGCUUCAACGGCUUCACCCCGCUGGUCACCCUGCUCUUCCGGCACAUCAUCGAGGACCCCGCCACGCUCAAGCACACCAUGGAGAAGGUGGUGCGGUCAGCGGUGACGAGCGGGGCGGGCAGCACCACGUCCGGCGUGGUUUCGGGGAGCCUCGGCUCUCGGGAGAUCAACUACAUUCUGCGGGUGCUGGGGCCCGCCGCCUGCCGCAACCCCGAGUGCUUCACCGAAGUGGCCACCAACUGCAUCCGCAUUGCCCUGCCUGCACCCCGAGGAACAGGGACCGCCUCCGACGACGAGUUCGAGAACCUGCGCAUUAAGGGCCCCAAUGCAGUGCAGCUGGUGAAGACCACGCCUCUCAAGCUGUCCCCACUGCCGCCCAUCCCCGAGCCCAUCAAAGAGGUCAUCUACGACAUGCUCAACGCCCUGGCCGCGUACCACGCCCCGGAGGAGGCGGAGCGCGGGGAGCCCCGAGGAGUGGCAGCGUCGGGCAGCCAGGAGUUGUGUCAGAUGCUGCAGGAUGUGGGAGAUGACGUCUAUCAGCAGUACAGACUGACCCGCCAGGGCAGCGACUACGACGCUCAGACGGCCUUCAAUAUCAAUGCCCAGGUGUUUGCAGCUGACAGCAGUGCAGCGGAGUCUUCCCAGUCCGGCACCCCACAGGGAGAGGCCUCCACUCCGGAGGAGGCCCGCGAUGGGAAGAAGGACCGGGAGGGGGAGCGGGCAGCAGAGGACCCCCGAGUCAAGGCCAAGGCCAGCAAGCCGCUGAUGCCCACCUCCACCAUUCUGCGACUGCUGGCCGAGCUGGUGCGCUCCUAUGUGGGCAUCGCCACGCUCAUCGCCUCCUACUGCUACACGGCCGGCCAGAGCGAGCUCAUCAAGGAGGACUGCAGCGUGCUGGCGUUCGUGCUGGACCACCUGCUCCCCCACACUCAGAACUCGGAGGACAAGGACACUCCCGCCCUGGCGCGGCUGUUCCUGGCCAGCCUGGCAGCCGCGGGCACCGGCACGGACGCCCAAGUCGCCCUGGUGAAUGAGGUGAAGGCGGCUCUGAGCCGCGCACUCGCCAUGGCCGAGAGCACGGAGAAACACGCGCGGCUGCAAGCGGUGAUGUGCAUUAUCAGCACCAUCAUGGAGUCCUGCCCCUCCACCUCCAGCUUCUACAGCACGGCCGCGGCCAAGACCCAGCACAACGGCAUGAACAACAUCAUCCGGCUGUUCCUGAAGAAGGGGCUGGUCAAUGACCUGGCCCGGGUGCCCCACAGCCUUGACCUGUCCAGUCCUAACAUGGCCAACACAGUGAACGCGGCCCUAAAGCCUCUGGAGACGCUCUCUCGGAUCGUGAACCAGCCCAGCAGCCUGUUUGGGAGCAAGAGCACCUCCAGCAAGAGCAAGACUGAGCAGGACACCGCCGGAACGGCCAGGGACAGCAACAGCAACACGCAGGACACAGGAGAACCCGGAGAGGCUGAGCCGCAGGAGGACAGCACCCCGGCAGCGGGGACGGACAACGACCUCAUGGAUGGGGAGGCGGAGGGGGACACCGUGGUGAUUGCCGGACAGCCUGAGGUCCUCAACACGCAGGAGAUGCAGGUGGAGAACGAGCUGGUGGACCUGAUCGAUGAGCUGUUGGAGAGAGACGCUGGGACUGUGAACAGUGCAAUCAUUGUGGGCCGCAGCGGCGAGGACGAGUCGCAGGAGGACGUUCUGAUGGAUGAAGCUCCCUCCAACCUGAGCCAGGCCUCCACGCUGCAGGCCAACCGAGAGGACUCCAUGAACAUCCUGGAGCCAGAGGACGAGGAGCAUACACAGGAGGAGGACAGCAGCGGCAGCAAUGAGGACGAGGACAGCCAGGACGAGGAAGAAGAGGAGGAGGAGGAAGAGGAGGAGGAUGACCAGGAUGACGAGGAGGGAGAUGAGGAUGAUGACGACGACGGCUCAGAGAUGGAGCUGGAUGAAGACUAUCCCGACAUCAACACUGCGCCGCACAUCCGGUUCGAGAGGUUCGACCGCGACGAUGACCUCAUCAUCGAGUUUGACAACAUGUUCUCCACCACAGCUGACAUCCCUCCCUCUCCCGGCAAUAUCCCGAGCACCCAUCCUCUGAUGGUGCGACACGCCGACCACAGCACCCUGACUCUCGGGGGCGGUGCCGGAGGAGGGCGGCUGGCCCAGGGCAUUGGCCGCAGCCAGCGCACGCUACGCCAGCUGACCGCCAACACCGGGCACACCAUCCACGUGCAUUACCCUGGCAACCGACAGCCCAACCCCCCCCUCAUCCUGCAGAGGUUAUUGGGCCCCAGCGCCGCGGCCGACAUCCUACAGCUGUCUAGCAGCCUGCCCCUGCAGUCCCGGGGCAGGGCGCGGCUCCUGGUCGGCAACGACGACGUGCACAUCAUCGCCCGUUCCGACGACGAGCUGCUGGACGACUUCUUCCACGAGCAGAGCAGCACCGGCGGACAGGCUGGCACGCUGUCCAGCAUCCCCACGGCCUUGACCCGCUGGACCGAUGAGUGCAAAGUGCUGGAUGCUGAAAGCAUGCACGACUGCGUGGCAGUGGUGAAGGUGCCCAUCAUGCAGCACCUGGAGAGCCUGAGGGACGAGGAGCUGGAGGAGAGGAGGGAGAAGAGGAGGAGGCAGCUGGCCGAGGAGGAGGAGGCCAAGCAGAGCGAGAAAGCGCCCAGCGGAGGAGAGGAAGGGCGGGAGCAGAGCCUACAGGGCUCGGGCAUGCGUGCCGUCGGUGCUACAGGACAGAACUCUGCUGAGGGUGACCAGGCCCAGUGUGUGUCGUCCUGCCUCGACGCCCCCAGGGGAUCUGAGGGAUUCUUGACCGCGCCGCCCUCGGGCGAGGGCACGCCCACCGCCCCCGAUGCCCUGGUUACCCUGGAGACCGCAGUCGCCCAGCAGCACCAGCCCAUCGCGGAGCUCCUGCAGGGAGGGCUGCUGUCCGAGACACGAUCCGAUGCGCUGGCGGCUCUGUCGGGGGCGGAGCUCCCAGAGCUGCCGGCGUCUGAUAGGCCAAGCAGCGAGGCCGAGGCGACGCAGAUGGAAAUGUCCCCCGCCCCAACCAUCGCCUCUCUCAGUCCGGAGCGCGUCGAGGGCUCGGACGCGCUGACUGCCGUCAGUUCUCAGCUUGAAGGGUCUCCGAUGGACACCAGCAGCCCCGCCUCUGCCGGGACCCUGGAGGAGCCUGCCGCCACGGCAACAGCCAAUGAGGGAGCCAGGGAGCUGCCGGGGGGUGGGGUAGGCGUGGAGCCCGACAGCCAGAGAGAGGGAGACGUUAGCUCCGCCCCUGUCUCCUCCCCUGGAGAGACCCUGCCUCAGGGUGAGACCGUUGACAGCCAAUCACAGGCCAUCCAGGAAGAGCCCCUGCCCUCCACCAGCAAUGAGGAUGAAGACCCGCUGGCAGGGAUUAAUCUCCCAGAGGGCGUUGAUCCCUCUUUCCUGGCAGCCCUCCCGGAGGAUAUCCGGCGAGAGGUUCUGCAGAACCAGCUGGGCAUCCGGCCGCCUGCCCGCCCCGUCGCUACGACAACCCUGCCCACUCCCACACCCCCGCUGGUGGGAAGUGCAGGGGUGACAGAGGUCAGCCCCGAGUUCCUGGCCGCCCUGCCUCCCGCCAUCCAGGAAGAGGUCCUGGCGCAGCAGCGGGCGGAGCAGCAGCGGCGGGAGCUCUCGCAGGCGCCCGCCGGCGGCGACCAGCACAUGGACCCCGUCACCUUCAUCCAGACCCUGCCGUCGGAGCUGCGGCGGAGCGUGCUGGAGGACAUGGAGGACAGCGUGCUGGCCGUGAUGCCGCCCGACAUCGCCGCCGAGGCCCAGGCCCUGCGGCGCGAGCAGGAGGCGCGGCAGCGGCAGCUCAUGCACGAGCGGCUCUUCGGCCACAGCAGCUCCUCGGCGCUGUCCGCCAUCCUGCGCUCGCCCGCCUUCACCAGCCGCCUCGGGGGCAACCGCGGCGUGCAGUACACCCGGCUCGCCGUGCAGAGGGGCGGCGCCUUCCAGAUGGGCGGCUCGGGCACCCACACGCGCCCUUUUGUCUCCCUCUCUUUUCCAUAUGCUCGCGAAUUGAACGACAAGCCGCCUCUUGCCCGUGGUCCUCCUCAUGUUGUCGUGCUCGCCCUGUUCUCUCUCUCAGGUGUCAAGUCUCGGUCCCCAGUGCGCAGUUCGGACCCCGUGGGCGACAGCAAGAUGGCCUCCACGGGGCUGACGGAGAAGCAGCUCCAGCUCUCUGUGGAGGUCCUGACGUCACACUCCUGCUCAGAGGAGGGUCUGGAGGAUGCAGCCAACAUCCUGCUGCAGCUGUCGCGGGGCGACGCAGCGACCCGAGACACGGUGUUGAGGCUGCUGCUCAGCGGAGCCCGACAGCUGGGCUACACCCUCUGUAAACAGAUCGGCACUCUCCUGGCAGAGUUGAGAGAGUACAACCUGGAGCAGCAGAGGAGAGCACAGGCAGAUGCCCACUCCCCUGAUGGCACACCAAACGACGCUCCACACAGCACACCUUUGAAGGGCAAGAUGACCAGCAGGUUCGACACGGCGGAGAACGUGGUGAUCGUGGCGACGCAGAAGCGCACGCUGGGCGGCCGUGAGCUGCAGCUGCCCUCCAUGAGCUCGCUGACCUCCAAGACCUCCACGCAGAAGUUCUUCCUGAGGGUCCUGCAGGUCAUCAUCCAACUGAGGGAGGACACGCGCAGAGCCAACAAGAAGGCCAAGCAGACCGGCAGACUGGGCUCCUCCAGCCUGGGCUCUGCCAGCAGUAUCCAGGCGGCGGUCCGGCAGCUGGAAGCGGAGGCUGACGCCAUCAUCCAGAUGGUGAGGGAAGGGCAGCGUGCCCGCCGCCUGCAGCAGGGCCCCGCCCCUGCCGGCACGACCGCUCCCAGCACGGCCCCCGCGGCUGCCUCCCCCGCGGGCUCCACGCCCCCCGCUGCUGCUGCCGCCGCCGCCGCUGCCGGCGCUCCGAGCGUCGCCCUCCCUGGCACGGCCAGCUCCGCUACGUCGGAGGCUGCCGUCUCGGAGCCCCCUCCUGCCCAGAGAGAUGACUCGCCAAUGGAUGUGGACCAGCCGUCCCCCCUGGGCCAGGAGUCCUCCAGUCUAGGUGGAGAGAACAGUGCCCAAUCGGAGCGCGAGGAGAAGCUGCCUGACCUGCCCCUCCUGAGUGAGCAGCUCCUAUUGGACGAGCUGUGGGACAUGCUGGGAGAGUGUCUGAAGGAGCUGGAGGAGUCACAUGACCAGCAUGCUGUACUGGUCCUCCAGCCAGCCGUGGAGGCCUUCUUCCUGGUCCACGCCACGGAGCGGGAGAGCAAGCCGCCCGUGCGCGACACGCGGGAGAGCCAGCUGGCGCACAUCAAGGACGAGCCGCCGCCGCUGUCGCCCGCGCCCCUCACCCCUGCCACGCCUUCCUCGCUCGACCCCUUCUUCUCCCGGGAGCCCUCCUCCAUGCACAUCUCGGCCAACCUCCCGCCCGACACCCAGAAAUUCCUCCGCUUCGCCGAGACCCACCGGACCGUUCUGAACCAGAUCCUGCGCCAGUCCACCACUCACCUGGCCGACGGCCCCUUCGCCGUGCUGGUCGACUACAUCCGCAUCCUCGACUUCGACGUCAAGCGCAAGUAUUUCCGCCAAGAGCUGGAGCGCCUGGACGAGGGGCUGAGGAAGGAGGACAUGGCGGUACACGUGCGCAGGGACCAUGUCUUCGAGGACUCGUACCGAGAGCUGCACCGCAAGAGCCCUGAAGAGAUGAAGAACAGGCUCUACAUCGUGUUCGAGGGUGAAGAAGGUCAGGACGCGGGGGGCCUGUUGCGAGAGUGGUACAUGAUAAUCUCCCGGGAGAUGUUCAACCCCAUGUACGCGCUGUUCCGCACGUCUCCCGGAGACCGCGUCACCUACACCAUCAACCCCUCCUCGCACUGCAACCCCAACCACCUCAGCUACUUCAAGUUCGUGGGCCGUGUCGUCGCCAAGGCCGUGUAUGACAACCGCCUGCUGGAGUGCUACUUCACCCGGAGCUUCUACAAGCACAUCCUGGGCAAGAGUGUCAGGUACACGGACAUGGAGAGUGAAGAUUACCAUUUUUACCAGGGCCUGGUAUACCUGCUGGAGAACGACGUGUCCACGCUGGGCUACGAGCUCACCUUCAGCACUGAGGUCCAGGAGUUCGGCGUGUGCGAGGUGAGGGAUCUAAAGCCCAACGGAGCCAAUAUCUUGGUGACGGAGGAGAACAAGAAGGAGUAUGUCCACCUGGUCUGCCAGAUGAAGAUGACAGGAGCUAUCCGGAAGCAGCUGGCGGCGUUCCUGGAAGGUUUCUACGAGAUCAUCCCGAAGCGCCUGAUCUCGAUCUUCACGGAGCAGGAGCUGGAGCUGCUCAUAUCCGGCUUGCCCACCAUCGACAUCGACGACCUCAAGGCCAACACGGAGUACCACAAGUACCAGUCCAGCUCCAUACAGAUCCAGUGGUUCUGGAGGGCCCUGCGCUCUUUUGACCAGGCGGACCGGGCCAAGUUCCUCCAGUUUGUUACAGGCACUUCUAAGGUCCCGCUCCAGGGCUUUGCCGCCUUGGAAGGCAUGAACGGAAUCCAGAAAUUUCAGAUCCACCGUGAUGACCGCUCCACUGACAGACUGCCUUCUGCACACACCUGUUUUAACCAGCUGGACCUGCCUGCUUACGAGAGCUACGAGAAACUGAGACACAUGCUGCUGCUGGCCAUCCAGGAGUGCUCCGAGGGCUUCGGACUGGCGUAGACCGACCGACGUGGACAGAAAGACAGACAGACAGGCGAGCAGGCAGAGACAUUGAUGGACAGGCGAGAAGGACGAGUGCACAGACACCCUACCCCAGCAGAGCCUCUCUCUCUCUCUCUGCACGGCCUGGGACGGAGAGGGGUGGCGAGAGAGGAAGAGAUCGAGAGACUGCGACGCAGAGGAUAACGAGGAACGAGACUUUAUUUCCUGUGGUUUUACCGGAUGUUAAUGGGGAUGCUUUGUGCCUGGAGAGAGACUUUUCCUAGCUGACGUGUCUUGAGCAACUGAAAGGGCAAAACUAAGAAAAGAAGUUCAACCCUUUUGAUUAGAUUUUUUUUUGUUUGCCGGGUGGGGAGGGUGGGAAUAUGGCGCGGGGGUGCGAGUACUUCGUGCGCUGGUAUGAAGAAGACGAAGAUGAUGAAGAAUUUCGAUCGGCGGCUCCUCCUCGGGGGGUUUCCAGAGAAGCAGCGCGAGUCACUAGGUUCCAGCCUUCUGUCCUGGGUUUGCAGCCCGUCUAUUUUUGAGCUUGGGGGGGUAAAAAAAACAAAAGGUGAAAUGAAAAUAGACAAGUAAAUAUGUGAGUUUGAAAAUGAUUUUUUUGCAAAGAAAUGACAAAAAAUAAAAAGUGCACCUGUAUGAAAAAUAUUAUUGUUAUUAAAAAUGACUUAAGAGAAGAACACCGCUGUGGGUCCUCGGCUGUUUCUGCAGGGGCAGGGAUGUGUUGGACCUCUGGGUGGAUCAGGGACACUGUUCUUGUCUGGGUCCUGGUUCUGUUUGUGGGCUUUUACUGAGGCGUUCGCUCCCCCCUUCCCCCAGCUUUGGCGUCGCCCCUGGCAUUGUGCCCCAAAUAACAGCUAAUGAAUUCAUCCCGAUUAAUAAAGUAUGAACUCCGUCA